ACCGAACGAGACUAAUUUCAAGCCGUGCAUACGUAGAGCGCAGAGGAGUGGUAUUUAUAACCUUAACAGAGGAGAAAAAGAGAGGUUAUAUUGUGAAGAUAUUAAUCCUUUUUUUACAAAUUUGCAGGCUGUGUUGCUUGCAUUCAGUAAAUAGAAUAAAAAUUUACAAAAUGUCGUAUUUAACGAGAAAAGAAGUGGACGAAAUAAAGCCGCAGAUCGAGAAAGCGGUUCAUAAAUUUCUUGGCUUCAGUGAACCAGCAAUUGUUACUACUGCUAUUAAUUGUAUCACUUCUGGCUAUGAUAAACGUAAAACAGCAGAUAAAUUAUCAGCCUUACUAGAAGAUAAAAAAGCUUCUAAGUUAACAGAAAAAAUAUUUACAAUUUAUGAUGACACUAAAGCAGCUCAAAAGAAUAAGAAGCGACCGCAUUCUGAAGAUAAAGAUAAAGAUAAAGACGCAAAGAAAUCGAGAUUUAAAGAUGAUGAAGCAAAAAAUGAAAAGACUGCUGAAACUCAGCUUUCUGCGGAUAAGAUAAGGCAAAUGAUGGCUAAUGCACAAAGAGAAAUAGAAGAAAGAAAAAGAGCUUUGAAGGCAAUAAAGCAAGAAGAUGUUGCUGCAAAGCCAUUAUUUAAAGGACGAGAUGCAUUACCCACAGUAGGAAGCAUGUACAAUCAAGGCCUAUUGAGUAAAACAGAUUCAGACAAAGCACGAAAAAUAGCUGCAUUACAAGCACAGAUCAGAAACAAGUUAAAUUCGGGAUUACUUGCUAAUAUUAAUGUACCGGACAAACCAACUCCUUUAAUCUUAGAUGAAUCUGGUAGAACAGUAGAUAUAACUGGCAAGGAAGUACAACUUACUCAAGUAGUGCCUACAUUAAAAGCUAAUAUACGUGCAAAGAAAAGAGAAGAAUUUAAAGCUCAAUUACAAGAAUCGAAAGGUCCAGAAGAAAUACAAGAUACUCAGUUUUUUGAUAACAGAAUAGGAGUAAAACCAGCAAUGCGUGGUAAACGUGCACUGAAGUUCCAUGAACCAGGAAAAUUUCAGCAACUGGCAGAGAGAAUACGCAUGAAGACACAAUUAGAGAAAUUGCAAAAUGAAAUCAGUCAAAUUGCUAGAAAAACAGGGAUCAGUUCAGCAACUAAAUUAGCUCUAAUUGCACCUAAAACUGAAGCUCUCUCCGAAGAUGUGCCUAAUGUAGAAUGGUGGGAUUCUGUUAUAUUAACUAGUGGAUAUCCUAAUGAGAAUGAGCCCACGACAAUUAAAACUUCUGCUAUUACAAAUUUAGUGGAGCAUCCAGCACAGAUGCGACCCCCAACGGAUCCUUUGAAACCAAUAUAUAUGCCUGUGUUUCUGACAAAGAAAGAACGUAAGAAAUUAAGAAGGCAAAAUAGACGAGAAACAUGGAAGGAAGAACAAGAAAAAAUUCGAUUGGGUUUAGAACCACCACCGGAGCCAAAGUUGCGGAUUUCUAAUCUCAUGCGAGUGUUAGGGACUGAAGCUGUGCAAGAUCCUACAAAAAUAGAAGCUCAUGUUCGACAACAGAUGGCUAAGAGAUUAAAAGCUCAUGAAGAUGCGAAUGCAGCACGAAGACUCACUGCUGAUCAACGUCGUGAAAAAAAAGCGAGAAAACUUAAAGAAGAUACUAGUCUUGGCGUACAUGUUGCUGUUUACAGAAUACGUGAUCUUAUCAACAACGCUUCAAAGAAAUUUAAAGUGGAAACUAAUGCAAAACAACUCUAUCUUACUGGUUGCGUAAUGUUGUUCCGAGACUGUAAUGUUGUUGUAGUGGAAGGUGGAGCAAAACAACAAGCUAAGUAUAAACGACUGAUGAUGCAUCGCAUUAAGUGGGAAGAGGAUAUAGUGAAGGAUAAUGAUGGGAAUGAUGUACCAAACAGAUGUGUUCUUGUUUGGGAAGGUACAAGUAAGCAGCGACAUUUCGGAGAAAUUAAGUUUAAAGUGUGCCCAAUUGAAAAGAUGGCUCGAGAGCAUUUCAAAAAGCAUCAAGUGGAGCAUUAUUGGGAUUUAGCUUACAGUGGGGCAGUUCUUGAUAACACAGAUGAAGUACGCUCUUAAAAUAUAUUGUAAAUUAAAUUACUCUUGUAAAUUAAUAUACAGGUAAAGCUAAUACACAGAUCAAAUAAUAAAUAUAAUAAAUAUAAGUUCUGUACUUAAUAAAAUUAUUAAGUCCUGAACUAAAAAAAAAAAAUUAUGGUGAAAGAUAAAAAGAUGUAAUCAUGACAAAUUGAACAUAAAUAAAAGUUCACUGCUUCUGAA